AUAUGGGUAUCGUGGAAGGGACUGUCGAGCCAAUGUUUACCUCCUUCCUACCGGAGAAAUUGUGUAUUUCAUAGCAUCAGUGGUGGUACUAUUUAACUAUGAGGAGAGAACUCAGCGACACUACUUGGGUCAUACAGACUGCGUUAAAUGUCUUGCAGUUCAUCCAGACAAAAUUAGAAUUGCAACAGGACAGUUAGCUGGAGUGGAUAAAGAUGGAAGGCCUCUGCAGCCCCAUGUUAGGGUCUGGGACUCGGUGAGCCUGGUGACACUGCAGGUUAUCGGCAUGGGGACUUUUGAACGUGGAGUGGGGUGUUUGGAUUUUUCAAAAGCGGAUUCUGGUACUCACUUGUGUGUAAUUGAUGACUCGAAUGAGCACAUGCUCACUGUGUGGGACUGGCAGAGGAAAUCAAAAAUAGCAGAAAUAAAGACUACAAAUGAAGUUGUUCUUGCUGUAGAAUUCCAUCCAACUGAUGCAAAUACUAUAAUAACAUGUGGCAAAUCUCAUAUAUUUUUCUGGACCUGGAGUGGUAAUUCAUUGUCAAGGAAGCAAGGGAUAUUUGGGAAAUAUGAAAAACCCAAAUUUGUUCAGUGCUUGGCUUUUUUGGGAAAUGGUGAUGUGCUCACUGGAGACUCAGGUGGGAUAAUACUUAUAUGGGGCAAAACUACUGUAGAAUCUACUCCAGGAAAAGGACCUAAAGGAGUAUAUCAGAUAAGCAGACAAAUCAAAGCUCACGAUGGCAGUGUAUUCACACUCUGUCAAAUGAGGAAUGGGAUGCUGCUAACUGGAGGUGGGAAAGACCGAAAGAUCAUCCUGUGGGAUCAUGAUUUGAAUCCCGAAAGGGAAAUUGAGGUGCCUGACCAGUACGGAACAAUCAGAGCAGUAGCGGAAGGAAAAGCAGAUCAAUUUUUAGUGGGUACUUCACGAAACUUCAUUUUGCGGGCAACAUUUAACGAUGGUUUCCUAGUAGAGGUACAGGGACAUACAGAUGAACUCUGGGGACUGGCAUCGCAUCCUUUCAAAGACUUAUUUUUAACCUGUGCCCAAGAUAGGCAAGUUUGUAUGUGGAACUCUGUGGACCACACACUGGAAUGGACCAGACUGCUAGAUGAACCGGGGCACUGUGCUGACUUCCAUCCCAGUGGAGCAGUGGUCGCAAUAGGAACGCACUCGGGCAGGUGGUUUGUUUUGGAUGCAGAAACGAGGGAUCUGGUCUCAAUACACACUGAUGGCAAUGAACAGCUCUCAGUGAUGCGCUACUCAGUAGAUGGCACCUUACUUGCAGUUGGAUCCCAUGACAACUUUAUUUACCUCUACGUAGUAACAGAAAAUGGAAGAAAGUAUAGCAGAUAUGGAAAAUGCACUGGACAUUCCAGCUAUAUUACACACCUUGACUGGUCCCCGGACAACAAGUAUAUAAUGUCAAACUCAGGAGACUAUGAAAUACUAUACUGGGACAUUCCAAGUGGCUGUAAGCUAAUCAGGAAUCGUUCUGACUGUAAGGAUAUAGAUUGGACGACGUACACUUGUGUGCUAGGCUUCCAGGUGUUUGGAGUUUGGCCUGAAGGUUCAGAUGGGACAGACAUAAAUGCCCUCGUCAGAUCCCAUAACCGAAAAGUGAUAGCAGUUGCUGAUGAUUUUUGUAAGGUCCAUCUCUUUCAGUAUCCCUGUUCCAAGCCAAAGGCUCCAAGUCACAAAUACAGUGCUCACAGUAGUCAUGUGACAAAUGUCAGCUUCACCCAUAGCGAUGGUCACUUGAUUUCAACUGGAGGGAAAGACAUGAGUAUUAUUCAGUGGAAACUUGUGGAGAAGGUAACUCUACCACAAAAUGACAUUGUCGUAGACAUCAGUGCAACCAAAGUGCCCAUCCCUGCCAACGAAAAUGCUGUACAGUCUCCUGCACCUCUCAUACAGCCUUUUAACGAAAUGAACCAAAAUGAAAGUGUAACUGGCAGCUCUCCGACUUCUCUGGAGAGCAACUUGGAGCAGUCUGCGGAGGCCAGUGAAGAGCAAAGCGAGGAGCAAAGCGAGGGAAGCAGCCUGGAUCCCGCUGAGCCGGGCUAUGAGGAGCCCUCAAACGAGACGAGUGAAGAGCACAGUGAAUCCACGGUCACUGAAGAGCAGCAAGAUAACUCACCGGUGUCUUAAUGCUCCCAGCUCAGGCGGUUGUUAUUUUCCCUUGGUGUGCGUGCUUUCAUUACAGCGUGAGGGUUCAAAUAGGGCGAAGCAGCUGAGAUUCAUGACCACUCCAGCUUUUUGAGUUUCAGUGAGAUUUUUAGUCUGAGCUUCAGUUCAAUGCGUGGAACCAUCCCAAGGGCCUGGCUUGAUGGUCUGUGUCAGAUCUGGUCACAGUUAGUAGUGGACAUUACCAUAGACCCAUUUCGGUUCUGAAAUUGCUGUCAGGAAGUGGCAUGAAAUGUAUACUGGAAAAAAUGGUUAGCUCUGAGGAUCAGCUGAGGUAAACCACCUCAACUAUGUGGAAGUGCUUUCUGAAAGAAAUUAGCUGAUGGGAAGCACUGAGCUGUUCCAGCUGGAGAGUACUGUUCUGCUUUUUCCAGGUACAAAGACAAACAAACAAACAAGAACAACCAAAAAGCUCUUUCUAGGGCUGUUUUCCUUUGUUUUUUCUUAAUGAGGAAAAUAGGGGAAAAACAAUGUAAUGAUGCCACAUGUAUGGCAAUGCCUUCUUGUUCUAACACAUAUGCAAUUUUCUAACACUACUAAUUCCUAGUGGGAUCUGGAUGUGUUCGCAGUUGGUCUGCCCUGGGUGCUGCUAGUUCUAAGACAAAUCCUGUUGAGGAACGAUGUUGGCUGUUCCAUUUUCACAGACUAUUUAAUACCUGACUAACCAAAUACUGGCGUGUUUCACUCUUCAUGACCUGAAAGUUGUUUUAAACUGUAGGACGGAGUUGUCUCUUCAAAGAAUUGCUUGCCUAAAGAGUUUGAAACUUAGAGUCUUUAUAGUGACUUUGAUGUGAAUGGCAGAGAAAGUGUGGCAAGAACACAGAAGUCAGAUGGGCUCCAGAGUUAAACUUUAAGCCUUCAAGCAGAAUUUGCUCCAUCACUAGUAGGAGAACUAUAAAUGCAGUUAAUUUAAAUUAUUAAAUUGGUGCUUAGGAUUAGUAUACUAAGUUGAUAUAUUUUCUUCUGAAAUUUUAGAGGUAACUCUAAGAAUCAUUAAACUGCAAUCUCUUUUUUUUUCUUUCUUCCCAACCCCCUGCCCCCAGCUCCAUUAGCAGUUGUGAUAUAAGCAUACAGUAAUUUAGAUGAUGAUGUGAUUUUAUUAUUUUUUUCCCCUAGACUUGCUGAUCUAUUAUUUUUGUGAUUUUUGUUUGUUUCCACCCCACCCCUCCCUGGGUUGCUCUAAGCCUUGCAGCUCUCAUGCGGCUAUACCUGGCCAGUUACGGGAUAUCUUGGCAUUUGUUGUGCAUUUGGAAAGUUCUUUUUUUACAAAGUUUGUCAGAUAGCUACCUUUUUUUUUCUUAAGUGCAUACGUUUCCUAUUUUAAAAAGAUAUAGAUUUACUGACAGAUAUCCAUUUCCUAUGUACUUGUUUAUAUUUUGAUUACAUAGAAUUUUCUUUUUUAACUUGCUGCAUUGUGCUGGCAUUUUAGUUCUUAGUUAGGAUAUCACGUUUAGAAACUUUGGAUGAGUUCAUAAGUCUUAAUUGUGCAAGCGUUUACGUGAUUGUGCCAUUCCAAAGUGCAUCAAAACUGUCAUUCCCUUACUAGUAUCUUCUCAGGAGAAAUGCUACAGAUCAGGUAUUUAGUCAUCAUUUGGAAAGAUAAAAACAAAUGGACUCCCAAAGGAUAUUUAGAACAUUUAUAUA